AUGCAAAUUAUACAGUUUAUUCGUGUAAACGGCGAUCGUAAACCAAAAGGUUCGAUACUCCUCAAAGAUGUUGUUCCGUAUAUAUGUGUCGGUUUAAUGACUGAUCGUAUGCCUGGACUCGGAGGAGCAGCUCUCGGCUUUGGUAGCGGUAUGCUGAUGGGAUCGCUGCUCAGCUAUGGCAUGGGUUCAAUGUGGGGUGGUCACUCGAUGAUACCAAGCUACGGAGGCGGUUUCGGAAUGGGUGGUGGCUACUAUUCGGAUAAUGACACCACCAUCACGAACAACUAUUACAACUAUCCGGAUCCGAACGCAGCCGGAACCGCGGUUGAUGCCAAUGAUUCACAACCGGCGAUUCAGGAUGUCACCGAUCAGGAUGACGUGGUCGAUUCCGAUCCGCCUCGUGAUGACUCCGUAGAUGUUGCAGAUGCUAAUCAGGAUGACGUGGAGGAUAAUGACCACCCAGCCCAAGACGAUGCCGUAGAAGACGCCGGCGUUGAUCAGGAUGACGUGCCCGACAAUGAUUAUGCGGCAGACGAUGAUGUCGUAGACAAUGGCGACAUGGACCAGCACGACACCAAUCAGGACUACACCAAUGCAGACGACUACGGCUAUGGCGGUGACACAGGCUACGACUAUGGAGGGGACGAUUAUGGUGGUGGUGAUUUCGGAGGCGGCGACUUUGGUGGUGGUGACUUUGGUGGAGGCGAUUUUGGCGGAGGCGAUUUUGGCGGCGACUUCUAA